AUGAGUAGACGACCGCCUGUGGCGUCUCAACAUCAACACCAACACCAACAGAAACAGAAAUCAAGUUAUGAUAAUCAAGGUUAUCAAGUUCAUCAAGGUCAUCAAGGUCAUUAUUGUUGGAAUCCUGCACUAGAUCAUUCAAACUAUUAUAAAACAAAUGUAUCAGCACCACAUGUUAAUAAUCUAAUGGCAGUUAAUUCUCCACGUAGAGCACAUCCAUCUACGGAUGAUGAAAUAUCGGAGCAUGAAGACUUCAAUAAUGAUCCUAGUGUUAAAAUUGUACAGAAUACUCAUAAACGACCAAGACAACACAGUCAUAAUCAUAAUUUAAGAUCAAUUGUUAGUGGUCAGAAAGUAAUGACAUUGUCAACUGAUCAGCUCGAUUCGACUACAGGUCAUCAGCAGCAAAUAACAACGGCAGCUAGUCUGUCCACAAAUAACAAUGAUUUAUUGACACCAGAAGCAGAACGAUUUGCUCAGACUCGAUAUCCAUUCCCCCCAUUUAUUCUGCGUUUUCCUCUGGUAAAUGUCAAGGAACAGAAGGUGGCAGAAGAACUGUGCAAGUAUUUAAAUGAUAACAAACAAAUACACUUAGAAUUGAUUGGAUAUCGUCGUUCAAAAUUAAAAUGUGGAUUAAAUGAAUCAGAUAUAUUGUUGUUCGUCAAGGACAGUCUCUCAUUUUCAUUUCUUUACGAUGACAAUAAUUGGCCGACUACACUUUUGGGAUCAUCUUUUACACGUCCAUAUCCAACAUCGAUUCCACCACAGUUAUCACUGAUGGUCAAAGGUGUCGGUCUGGCAAUAGAUUUUGAUAAUUUUAUAUUAGAAUUGAAAACAAAGUUCACCAGUUUGAUGAAUAUAAUAAGAAUAAAAAAUAAAGAACAACAAGAUACAAAACUGGUUAAACUGGAAUUUAGUUGUCCACAAGAAAGAGAAGAUCUAUUACAUUGUGGCAAAGUGUUUGUUAGCUCGCUGACAUUUCCAGUAGAAGAAUACUUAGCUCAAGCCAGAGUGCUAAUUUGCAGUAAAUGCUGUGGUAUAGGGCACUUUCGUCGCCAGUGCCAACAGAACAAAGAGACGUGUAAAAAAUGUGGACAAAUGUGUGAUGAUAUUAAACAACAUUUUAUUGUCCGCACACAAAUACCUCGAUGUAUCCACUGUGGAGGAGGUCAUAUGAGUAAUGAUAUGAAAUGUAUUAAAGUAAAGCAAUUUCGUGCUGAUUUGACACGUCGUCUCUUAUCUACAGCCGCACAUGCUUCAACAUCAACAGUUUCAAACCCUAAUUAUCAUCACAAUCAAGCGGAUUUCCCACAAUUAGGUGCUCCCCAAAGACCAUAUAUAUCAAGUGUUCAAAAUGGUCAAAAGUCAGAUAUAGUGGCCAAA